UCGUGCAAAGAUGGCGUCCAUACAGUUAACGGAUGAGGAGCUUUUCUCUGCAUUAAAACGACUCGGAUUCAUCCCGGGCCCGAUGACGGAGCACACGCGGCCCGUGUACCUGAAGAAACUGAAAAAGCUGCGGGAGGAGCAGCCACAGGCCCGGGGAUCCAGGGGCGCGAAAGGGCGCAAUAGCAGCGGGAGUAUCAACAACAACAACGGCGGCAGCAGCAACAGUAACGCCGCGGCGCGAGCUCACGAAUACAGAGCCAGGCCACCGGCCAGUGACGUCACGCGCCUGAGCGCCAGCCGGAGCGCCGGUGGACGACCGACGCCGAGCGAAAAGCGCAGCGGCACAGACAGAACCGGAAAGCUCGUGCUGGGCUUCAGCUCGGACGAGUCGGACGUGGAGGCGCCGCAGAAGAAAAUAGGCCUGAAUCACGGCGGCGGCAGCAGGCGAGACCGAGGAUCCGCAUCGCAGACACCAAUCAGGCCCGCGGGAACACCCGCCGCCACUCGCAGGAGCGACCACAGAUCCUCCGUGGAGGAUGGGUCUCCGUGGUGGGCAGACCGGAAUAAACCCAGCAUAGGGGUGGAUGAACGAGAUCACGACAAGGACGAAGAUUUGGAGGAAACGGAGAGGAACAGUAGGGCUGUGAACGGGAAUAAGGCGUUUUACACAUAUAAUAGUGGUAAAUUAGAACGGGAUUACUCCGAUUCAGACGAGGAGGGGGAGGAGGAGGAGGAGGAUCGAGAGCGUCCCCGCGAACGACGUCUGACUUCCAGACACAGUCCUCCUAAAUCCACCUCGUCCCCGUUCCGAAACGUCUGGGACUCGGAGAAGACGGCGCAAAAUAUUCGAGACUUCAGAGGUCUAGACAUGUUGGGGGAACGAAGGGAAGACGAUGACAGGGAACCAAGGGAUCUCAGUGGAUGUUUCAUAAGUCUCAACCACCCUAAACGGUCUGGUUUGUUCACCGGUACUGACGGGGCUGACACUAAUAAAAAACAAUUCGACAAUGGAGAGGGUGAGUCCGGCAGCAGCAGCCCUUGGUUCAGUAUCGGACUCAGACCGCGGUUCUCCUCCUACACCGGUCUGUCUGCUACUUACCGAGCGAACCACUCGAACCACAUCGGUUCGAACCACUCCUACAGCCAUGCCUCAUCCCUCAAGCCCAAACAGCACACAGCGACGGUGCCGGAGGACGAGCUCUUGCAGCAGUUUAAAAGGGAAGAGGAAGUGUCAGCCAACGGGGGCUUUAGCGCACAUUACCUGUCUAUGAUCCUCCUGACAGCCGCUUGUCUGUUCUUCGUGGUGCUGGGCCUCAUGUACCUGCGCAUGCGGGGCUCCAGCACCUCAGAGGCGGAACCAGUCAUCAAGAAACACCCGUUCGGACCAGAGUUUGACAAAGCAUAUGACGUCAAAGAGCGAGACCUCAUUCUCAACCUUCUCUUGUCUCUACAUGAUCACCUGGCCAAUGUUGCAGGAGAACACGACUGUGGUGACCAUAACAAUCCUUUAAACAGAAGUGUUUCCUUCUGGGAUGCCUCUGAGUACCUCAAGCUCCAAAAUAAAGCCUAUGAAAACUGGAUUGCAACAUCUUUAGAAUGGAUCUUGAAAACCAAAGAAGUUGUUGGAAUAAAGUUGGUUGGUGCUGACCCCUAUGAACCUGUAGAGGACAUAUCGGAAAUCUCACGGCUAGAGUCCAGCCACCCUCGCAUGUCCUUCUUCUGCCGCUUCAGACGGGCCUUCUUCACUGUGAUCCUCAGAGUUUUCCUCAUCCUCACAGGCAUUGGUGGAGUUUGGGGUUUGGUGUAUUAUAUAAAAUACAGAUGGCGCAGAGAAGAAGAAGAAACAAGACAGAUGUAUGACAUGGUUGAGAGAAUCAUAGAUGUCUUGAGGAGCCAUAAUGAGGCCUGUCAGGAGAAUAAGGAUCUACAGCCGUACCUGCCCAUUCCUCACGUUCGCGACUCUCUUGUACAGCCUCAGGACAGAAAGAAGAUGAAAAAAGUGUGGGACAGAGCUGUUAAGUUCCUCUCGGCCAACGAGUCUCGAAUCCGGACAGAAACGCAGAGGAUUGGAGGGGCAAACCCCCUUGUGUGGAGGUGGGUUCAGCCCACAAUGUCACCUGAUAAGAUGUCCAGCAUGCCUUCAAAAGUGUGGCAAGGCAAAGCAUUUCCUUUGGACAGAAGAAAUUCGCCUCCCAACAGCUUAACGCCAUGCUUGAAGAUUCGCAACAUGUUUGACCCAGUAAUGGAAGUGGGGGAAAACUGGCACCUUGCCAUUCAGGAAGCCAUUUUGGAGAAGUGCAGUGAUAACGAUGGAAUCGUUCACAUAGCCGUUGACAAAAACUCUAGAGAGGGCUGCGUUUAUGUGAAGUGCCUUUCAGCAGAGCAUUCUGGGAAAGCCUUCAAAGCACUUCAUGGCUCCUGGUUUGAUGGUAAACUGGUUACCGUGAAGUACCUGCGUCUUGAUCGCUACCACCAGCGUUUCCCACAAGCCCUGGGCUCCAACACACCCCUGAAUCCCUCCAGCUCCAGCAUGUACAGCAUGUCACGCCUGAACCAGCGAUCCAGCAUGUCCAGCUCAUUGGGUUUCUCUUGAGGGAUAUGUUAACUGCCAUCACCAUCAUCUCUGCUCUCUCUUUUGCUAUAUAUGAAGCUCCUUUCUCCAGUUUCCUCCUUACCAGUGAGAAGUUGAGAAGCUUUGACAGUCGGACAACCUGAGGACCACCCAAUCAACUCCUUACAGCCAUAUGCAACAAUGGUGUUUAAACCUGUGAGCUGCUGUGUUUUUCUUAAUUUCCUGUCCUUUGGUAUCAAGCGAAGCAAGGGAGAAGCAUACAUUGGUGUCACUUGGAACUUUAAGGAGAGUUGGACACCACAAUUCUCUUUAUUUCCCAUAACUGGUGCAAGUGGACACAAAUUUCCAUUUAUUGUAUUUUCCUUCAUUUUUUUAUAUGCCAUCUUCAUGGAUUCAACAAGGAAACAAAAUGGCUUCCAACUCUAAAAACAUGAAUGAGAGUGAACAAACAGUUGUCGUUUUUGCUCUCCGCCCUCCACUUUUUUACACAACUAACUCCCCUCCUUUAUUUUAAGGGGGUCUGUUGGGCUUUACAUAGCUGCAUGUGCUGGUAAAAGUAUGCCUAUAUUUAAGGUUUGAAUUGUAUUAUAUAUUGUGAAUGUUUAUAUCUUUAAGGAUUUUUUAGCUGAUGUAUUCCCAGUCCGAGAAUGGCAUGCACACACUCCAGAAAGGGGUGCUGUAAAUAUUUAAUUGAAUGGUGGAGGUUGAAAUAAUCUGUAUUAAAUUUAAAUCGUCAUCUGCUCUCAUUUGUUUCUUGCAAACACAGUAUUUUUGCUCCAUUCAAAGACAUGUCAAAUGGGGUAUUAUUUAACAUGACUUUGCAAGAGAAAUUACCAACAGUUUUGAUCCAUUUCAAUGCCAUGUUUCUGAACACUAGUCUCAAUUGAUUAUAUUCAAGUAUAUAAUUAUUUACUAAUUAGUUUUGUUUAUAUUUUAAAAGUUAUACUUUUCCCAUUAGAAUUGGAGCAAGUGGAUAUUAACUUUUUUCCUCACCCAUAUUUAAUUCCACACUGUCAAUGUUUUUAAUCUGUCCCUCACCUCUUCUAAAAUUCCAAAGGAGACAUUUUUGAAGAAAGUUGGUUGCUGAUUUCCUUGUACACUUGUGCUGCAGUCACAGCCUAUAAGCGAAGAUCUGACGAUCUGUUCUGAUUCUAAUUUGAAUCGGGACACAUUCAUAAACUGAGCAUGUAUUGCUGCAUUUUUGUCUAUUUUGGUUGACAAAGAUUUAUCAGCUUUUGUUUAGAUGCAGUUUGGGUUGAUAUGAGGUAAAUAAAAUGUAAUUGUUUAUUAAUAAUAUUUUUCUUUUUUGUGU